CUGUCACCUGAUUUCCUCUACGGGAGCCACCAGAGGAAUGCUGACGGUGGCUGGCAGAUGAAACAGAGCAUGCAGCGCGCCGUCUCCUCUGGCACCCUGAGCACCAUGUCGUUCACUGAUGCCCAGUGCCAUAACUCUGCCGCCCUGCAUGAUGCCAAGCCGCAGCUCAGCCACUCCCAAUCUAUGAUCCUGCCUGAGAACGGCAAGCUGAUCCAUCAGUGCAGAGAUUACUCCUGUAAUGUGACCAACAUCAUUGUGGAGCCUCCGUCUCCUGAGAGCUCUCCAGACAGCGAUGGCGGCACACCGGAGUUGGAGAAAGCUGGCCUCCUAAACAAGACAAAGAUUGCAGAAGGAGGCCGGAAACUGAGGAAAAAUUGGAGCCCCUCCUGGGUUGUGUUGGUCGGGAACAGCUUGGUUUUCUUCAAAGAUCCUAAAUCACAGACACCUUCCAGCUGGAAACCAGGAAACAGUCGCCCUGAAAGCAGUGUGGAUUUGAGAGGAGCACAGCUGCACUGGGCCAACAACUUGUCCAGCAAGAAGAAUGUCUUCAAGUUGAGGACAGUGACGGGCAAUGAGUUCCUGCUGCAGUCAGAGACAAAUUCGCUGAUCAUAGAGUGGUACAAAACCAUCCAGAGCGUCAUCGACAGGCUGGACCGUGAGAACCCGCUGGACAACGUGCUGCUGUACUCCCUGAGGCGGGCAGGCAGCGUGGAUAUGCUGGAGCAGAGUGGAGACGAGGACGACAGGAGGACCGCUUGUAAGGCUAGUAUCCCUUUGUCAGCGCAGGACGUUGUUCAGAAAGAGAGGAGGAAAUCCAGGGCAGCAAAGAAAAAAGUAACUUUUGAAAAGAUAUUAAAAAGUGUGUUUGUGUCCGUCUGCCAUCACCCUUCAGAUCAGGUGUUUGGCUGUCGUCUGGAGAUGCUCUGUGAGAGAGAGAAGAGCACCGUGCCUCGCUUCGUCAGGCUUUGUACUGAAGCUGUGGAGAAGAGAGGACUGGACACUGAUGGCAUCUACAGAGUCUCAGGGAACCUGGCAGUGAUCCAGAAACUACGCUUCCUGGUGGACCACGAGCGAGCGGUGACUACAGACGGCCGUUACAUGUUCCCGGCGGAGUUUGUACAAGAAGAGAAGCUGAAUUUGGACCAGAGCGACUGGGAGGACAUUCAUGUCAUCACGGGAGCUUUGAAACUUUUCUUUCGCGAGCUUCCCGAGCCCCUCGUGCCCUUCGGCUUCUUCACCGACAUCGUGGAGACAGUCAAGAUGUCGGACUACAUGGACAAAGUGGAUCGUUUGAAGUGUCUGGUGCUCAACAUGCCUCCUCCGAACCAUGACACGCUGCAGUUCAUGUGUCGCCAUCUCCAACGGUGAGAGGCCGGGAACAAAAAACGCAUAUGUUACAUUUGUGCUGAAGUGUUUGUCUUUGCUGUCUCUCAUUUGUCUUCCCUAAAACUGGCACAAUGCAGAAUAUUCCCAAUGGGAUUUAACGGCGUGAAGGAAUGAACCUUGUGCACUGCCCUUGAAGGAAAAGAAAAAAUGUGACCACAAGAGGGGGUAGUUUCCUUGUCGUUGUCAGUAAUUUUCUGUCAGGGACUCUUUGGCCGCGGUUCUCAAAGUAUGCCAGUGCUGUACCAUGAUCGCACUGUUGUUAAGUUUGGGUCUCUGUGAAGAUGAAAAGGCUGGAGGAAGAUGAAUGGUGUACGAUGUUCUGCGAGCCAGUUCCUUUUACAGUACAUAAAAUGUGUGUUUUUUACCGCCUAUGGUUUUUCCUUCCACUCCAGGGGUGAGCGUUCGUGUUCAGAGGCCGAUGUUUGUGCCAGGGUGUGGUGGGCCCCAUGAAUUUGUCAACUCUGUGUCUUUCUCUCAUUUUCUCCCCACUGUCAUUCCUUUCCCCGACUGGCUCUGUUUCUCAUUUAUUAUCUCCCUGCUCACUCACCCCUAUCGCCUUAUC